GAUGAGCAGAGAAGACUUUGCAAGCUUGAUCUGGAAAAUAAUACUUAAUUCGCGCAUUUUCAUGGGCCCCUAAAGAUGCUGCUUUGUUACGGUGCAUUAUAUCCCAGGGUAGUCUUAUUUCCAACAAUCGGACUGCUGGGGUUGAAUUAAUUUACACCGUUCAUGAAACAAAUUGUAGAACAAAAUACGAAUCACCGGUUUGGACUGUCGAACUUCUAGCAGCGAUCUCCAGUCUCAUUGGUCCAGAUGGCACUCAUGACGUAUUCGAACAAAUCUCAGUCGAAUGGACUGACAAUUCGUUGAAAAAAGAAGCCGAACUGAAAACAAUCAUAACGAUCAGUUAACAGUACAUUUAAUCUGCUUUAUUUAAUUGCAGUGGUUUCCUUAUAACUAUAACGUUUAUACGAGUGCAUCAUUUGGAAUUGCCGCGGUUGCUCUGUCUCAAUGUAUUCGCAGAGUGAUGCUUGCUUCCAGCAGAGGACUGUGGGGAAACCCUGAUGAGCUGUCCUUUCUCCGGACGGAAAUGGCGGACAGUUUGGCUGUAGACCUGGGAAGAGGGAGAUGCUCACUGCAACAGCAUCCAAUGAUUAUUUUAUAAUAUCAAGAAACUUCUGGUCAUGGAUUAAGGUAGUCUGAUAUACAGCGAAAUGGAUGCGGAGGAUGGUAAACGCAUCUUGCCCAGGAAGCCAGGUGUGACAGAAGCAGGAGACAUGGAGCUCAGGCGUUCGUGAUGACAGUAUCCCCACAGAAUACGGACAUGACAACCAUUAGCCAGGGCGUGGAGUUCCAGAGUGCUGGUAGCCUGCCCCUGAUUGGCAGCCCUAAGUAUUGCCCCGGGGUCAAGGGCAACGGAGGGGGCUACCUCUGCGAGACCGGCCACUGCUGUGGAGAGACGGGCUGCUGCACCUACUAUUACGAGCUCUGGUGGUUCUGGCUGCUCUGGACGGUCCUCAUCAUGUUCAGCUGCUGCUGUGCGUACCGCCACCGGAGGGCGAAGCUGCGGAUGCAGCAGCAGCAGAGGCAGCGGGAGAUCAACCUCAUCGCCUACCACGGGGCCUGCAACUACCCCACGUCCAUGCUGGACCUCAGUUUCUUGGCUUCGUUUAAGCUCCCGUCCUACGAGGAGGUGGCGGCCCAGCCGAGCACCCCCCCUCCCCCGUACAGCUCCGUGUUCGCGGUGCAGGGGGGGGGCGGGCUGUACGCCCACGCCGGCCCCAGCGGCCUGACCUCCUCCCAGAGCUCCGACAACUACACCAGCUGCUCCUGCGAGUCCUGCUCGGGCACCUCCCCCUGCAGCACCUCCUUCUCCGCGCAGGUGACCUACGAGACCGACACCAGCAACGCCACCACGCCCAGCGAGGCCAGCGACUUCCAGCCCCUCGGCCCCGCCCCCGCGGCCGGAAGCCCCGCCCCUGCUUCCGAAAGCCCUGCCCCCGCUUCCGAAAGCCCUGCCCCCCCUGCCGGAAGUCCCACCCUGCCCCAACCUCCGCCCCCUCCCGCUCCUGCUCCCGCUCCCCUUCCCCCCCCUGCCCCGAGCGCCCCCGCGCUCCCGCUCGCCGAUCCCCCGGCAGACUCAACGGGAGAAGGAGGCCCGCGUGUGGACGAGAGCCCCUCCCCUAAGCCCACCCUGUCUCCGCCCAAACACGCCCUCUUCUCCCCCAACGUGGACUUCUUUGAGCCCGACGGCCGCUCGCCGUGCGCGUCCGACGCCGACGAGGAGGAGGACGUGGACGCGGACGAGAGCCAGUACCGCCACCGCCGGCUCACCGGGGACUCCGGCAUCGAGGUGUGCCGCUGCCAGGUGGAGAGCGAGGAAGAGGAGGAGGAGGAGGAGGGAGAGAAGGGGGAGGGGGCGGGGCGGAGCAAGGCGCAGGCCGAGGGGGAGGGGCCCCACGCGCUCCACGACAGCGCGGACUGCUCCGGUCGGGCCCAGGCGCGGGCGAGCGAGACGCGAGUGAGCGAGGAGUGUGCCGGCCUCUGUGGCCCCGCCCCUAGCCCCGCCCCCGGCCCCGCCCCGCUCAAGGAGGAGGCCGUCAUCACGGUGGAGUCCGCCUGAGCGAUCGCGCUGCGGAGGAGCAGGAAUGAACAUCCCAAACAAACGGGGGGGGGCGGUUUGUGGCAGACCUGCACCCCGUCUGCUAGCAUCCCCAUGUAUGCACAGAGUAGUAAAUGAAUUGAGGUGCAUAUGUGCAAAUUCAGAGGUCAGAUUUUUUUUUCUUAAACAGAGGCAUUACCGCUGACCUGCCCGAGAGAACGCGGCGGUUUUUGAUUGACGCUCGUGUCCGUUUGCGAGCCGAACGUCGGCCGCGCGGCCCAGAGCAGGACCUGGCGUUUCCGCCGCGAGGGCCAAGCGGAGCGGCGGUGAAGACGUGGGACCGGUCUGUGCCGCGGACCGCCGCAGCUGCGCGGCGUGAGUGAGGUCAUCGCCACGGUGUGGAUGAGGUCAUCGCCGCGUCUGUACUCUGGACCCCUCUUCUCCCAGCACUGCCUCGGCACCGCUCCACCACCGCCACCCGCCCCUUUCUCUCCUAACAGGCCUGCCCUUGACCAGCGCUAAACUGGCGCUCAACCAUCGCUAAACCUGCGCUAAACCUGCGUUUGUCUUCGUUCAGUGAAACCAGGGGCAGGGAACGGCAGUUACUCUCUUUACGUUACUCUCCUCUCUGUGCUGCAUGGGACUCCUUGGGAGUAAUGAUGAUGAUAAUAAUACUAAUAUUAAUAAUAAUAAGGCAAUAAUAAUAAUGAGGGUAAUAACAGGCCAGAUUCUACGAUGCAUUGAAAACCAGCAGGGGGAUGCAGUUGUCCCUUUAUAGACGAGUGGCUCUGACGUGUUUGGUUCGGUUACCUGUAGCCUGGGCUCAUCAACCUGCCGUCUGUAACACAGCGUUGCAAUCGGAGCCAAAAUGGAGUCGGAUGCUGUCCAAACGCUUGAGGCUCCGAGGGGGCGGAGUCACGCCCACACUACUCCUCUUCCUCUGGUCUGUUGUGGGCGUGGUCUGGGGGCGCCUGAUGCCGGUGGUCAGUUCCCUGGCGAUGCUGAGUGGCAGAUUGGGUCACGUACGCCCCCCGAUGGUCAGAUCCCGCAUUCUUUCCCUCCUCUUCUCUCUCUGUGACCCGCAGGAGGUUUUUCGGGUUAGUAACAGGGGCUUUCGUUGCCUCCCCAACCUCCUAAGACUGUACUGGGUACGCCUUCUCUGGAAUUCUCAUGAGGUGCAUAGAAUUGGGGAAUUGGAAUUGGAAUGUUGUGUCUUUCUCAAAAUGGCGGCAGUGCUUUCAGUGGUAGUACAGAGCUGACCAUCUGGCUGAAUGUACCUGAACUCUCCGGUAUUUAGCUCAGAGCCUAGCCUCACGUGCAAAGCGUCGGAUACAGAAGGUCCCAGACCCUCAGAGACGAGCAGCAAGGCUGCUGUCAGACAGAUGCGUCUCAUUUACACGCAGCAGAAUUAAUUAAUUUUUUACUGGCGUGUUUUCGCUGUAAAGACUACGCUGCGGUGUUCUAAGCCUCUUGGGCGGGGUGUCACUGUCCGUGCGAACGGGUUCUCACUGGACCGUCCUGGACAUAGAUCGGUUGAAUGAAAUAAAACGUUUUACCUCCGUAGUCUUAAAUAUGAGCUUUGUUUGAGAUGCAUAAUGUCUCAUAACCCCUCCUGUACAAAGAUUCUAUCUUGUAGGGAAGUUGUCAGGUGGUUUUGAAUGAAUUAAAACGUUUUUAAAAAAUAAAAACGGAACCUUCAGAGAAGUCUUAAUUUAAGUAUCAGCAUUAGAAAUAUGUUUGCUUUUAUGAAAUUCACACGAGAAGCUCAUAUUUUCGGUCGGUUGGCCGUGUGGACCCGUGUGGAGGAGGCCGCUCUUAGCACCGUUGCAAAUGCAAAAUGAACGGCCUGUUUUGGUAAAGGGUGGCACUUUGGCGAUCGGGUGUCACCCGUUUAAACUCCACGAACGGGUCGCGUGUGAAACGCCGCAUUACUGGCUGACCCGAUGCUUAUCAACCACCAGCAGAUCGCAGCGAUGCUCCCUGGGGCGUUUCAUUCAAAUUCAGUAACUGACAGUAGCAUCUGUCCUCCCACGCAUUCCACUGCCCCUGUCUCCAUGACAUUUUUUAUUAUUAUUAAUAUUUUUUUACUUGGUAAGUACAUGUGACACUGAGCUAGUCUCGAACCACCACCAUUUUCCUGAAUACGAUUAAUUUUUUUUUUUUGGGUAUAAACAAUAUGUGUACUAAACUGAUUUUGGCAACUACCUUUAAUGCGAUCGCAUGUUGAACUGUGUAAUGCAGAGAGAGAGAUGAUGGGUCGGGGGGGGCGGGGAUGGGGCGGGGGAUGUGUGCUUGUUCUUCAGGUAGCCAGUGCUUUUGGCAUGUGAAAUGUUUACAAAGGAACAAAACCUGCUCUUUUUGAGCUGAAAGGCUUACUGUUCACACCCCCAGCUUACACUAUCGCAUGUUUAGUCAGUCUGUAACUUUCAUUUAUCCAAAUUAAGUUCUCCUUAUUAACAGCAAUAUACUAUAAUAGGGACAUUUCAGUGUUCCAAAAUCCAUUUGUGGGCAAGUGCGUGUCAUAUAUAUGGAGCAUUUUUCCACUGGUACAGUGAAGCUUAGCAGCUCUAUACAGUGUUAUACGUUGUUAUAAUACACAUAGCUAAGACACUUAGACUGAGUGAGAAUGCAGCUGUUUACUCUUAAAAUAACAACAAUUUUUAAAUAUGAACAAAUGAAAUGAAGCUUUCAUUUGAGUCUGAAACCAGCUAAGGCCCACAGUGUUUGUCUCACAGCUGAACAAAGUCGUUUAGUAAAACGGGGCAUUGUGUUGAUUUGGGGGUGGGCUGGUACAGGCUGGUGUCUGAGGCACGGGGACGGGGAGAGAUGAGAAUAGCAGAGACUGAGCGGUGACAUCACACACACUCGCACUCACACUUGUGCGCACACACACACUCGCGCACACACUCACACUCGCACACACAAUCGUGCAUGCGCACACACACACACACACACACACACGUACACACAUGCACAUACACAUACAUACACAUGCAUGCACACACACACACACACACACACACACCAAGGUGCAGCUCUCAAAAAAAUGCUGCAUUUAUUCAGCUUGCAAUUGCUCCUUUUGGAAUUUGGAACAUUGUUGCAGGGAAGCAUCUAGAAAAGGGGGGUGGGGUGAUUUACCAGGGUUGGCCAAUUUGAGUGGCUUACGCACUCUAGAUGAAGAAUGUACGAGGCUUAAGAAUAUUAAUAUUAAUAUCUUUAACCAGAAAGCUGCUGAUGCACUAAGCCUGGUUUGUAUCCACUUGAACCUCUUUAUUUGUCUCCAGUGAGAAUGAAGUCAUCUGUUCUCACUUGCUUUGCAUCGUUUCAGCUAGCAGGUGCCAAUGCUGCUGAACACAUUCUGCAGCCUUAUCAUUCUCAUUUAGACCUUUGAUUUAGGGAUGUGCCAUUUCUUCUGUUGAUGAUAAAUUGAACUUAUUAUCUUUGCUGUUGCUUGACAACAGCACGUGGCUCUUAAAAGUGCCAUAAAAUGGUUAUUCUGUGGUUUGCUUCACCACCACCACCCAGCCUAUACUUAUUUACCUCCAACUAAUAAAACGUAAUUUAGCUGUAUAAACCUAGAAUUUAUUUGUAAAUAGAAUGUAUUAUGUAUUCUUAAAAUAUAUAUUGUAUGGAUAUGAUUUGAUCCGGUUGUGUCUGCAAUACUUUCUCACAUGCGAAGCCUUCUAAAAAAAAACUUUAAAAGUAUUUUUGUUUUUGCAUUUUUGUGUGCGUGCGCGUGUGUGUGUUUCCAGGGAAAAUAUUAAAUUAUUGGUUUUAUUUCAUUUAGGGUGUUGAGAAAGGAAAUCUCCAUAGUUGCAGUGUUUUCAGUCCGAACGGUAAAACGGGGUGUGUACAUUUCAUACGAGAAAGGUGCUUUGUUUUGCCUCCCUAUGUAAGGCCACCGAUCAAGUUGACGUGGUUAUUUCCCCGUGAGUCUUUAAAGAUCAUUUUGGGCUAAGAUAAAAUAAAAAAAAAUUUCAAAAAACAUUUUAAAAAAAAAGGUUGGACCCUGUAUUCACACGGGGGAAAUGUUUUGUGAUGCAUUGUGUGAAAUUGUUUUGGGGGAAUCAGCAACCAGCGACUUCCACCCCCCUGUGUUCUGUCCAUUUUAGUUGCAGACUGUUACCUUGUUUGAUCUUGUUUAAUCUUACAGUUUCAGACUGUAGCCCAAGCUUGCAGGGAGGGGUCAAGCGGAGUGUUUAUGCUUAUAUACUAUACAUAUACUAUAUAGUGCUCUUGCUAGGAAUAAACAACGUUUGGUAUUUUAAUACAUACAUAUUUUCUGAAACCAAAAAGCAAAAGAACCAGGAAUAAAUGUGCGUAUUAUCAAAUAAUUUCAUGGUUGACUGUUUAAAUAUUAGCAUAUUUUUUGGUUUGUUUUCUCUAUGGUGCAAGGAUUAGGUUUCAGAUCUCACACACUACUACUAUUUAAAGGACACUCAGAUCUACUUUGUAUAAUGCCUUUUUUAAUCUUGCCAUGUUUACCAUUCAGUCUCUUUUGUAACAGGCAUGGAAGAAAGGGAGUGACAUCACUAUGACAUCACUAUCAGGGCACUGAUUCUUGAGUGUACUGUUGACUGUUGCUGAAUGUGAUGGUUGAGAUGAUGUACUCCAUCUUCAAUAGUAAAGGGUACGUUGUUUUUUUUAAUUUGAUGAUAUGGGGUAUGGGUUUUCUUUAAUUUGAUGAUAUGGGGUACGGGUUUUCCUUAAUUUGAUGACAUGGGGUAUGGGUUGUUUUCUUUAAUUUGAUGAUAUGGGGUAUGGGUUGUUUUCUUUAAUUUGAUGAUAUGGGGUACGGUUUUCCUUAAUUUGAUGAUAUGGGGUAUGGGUUGUUUUCUUUAAUUUGAUGGUAUGGGGAGACCUUUGAUAUGUAGUAUAGAGGUAUUCGUUGUUUUGUUUCGUCCCUAAUUUUAUCCUCACUCUUUACUCUGUUCCCAGAUUGGUGAGUUAUUUUCUAACAGAAUUAUCCUUCAGGUACUAAGUUUUACAUGGAAUGUGUUUUAACGUCCGUCUGUGUGUUUGUCUGUCGCGCUCGGCAGCCAGCUCUGCUCAUGAGCCAACCCUGUGAACAUAAAUAAACGUGCGAAUAUAAAUCGUGUGAAAAUAAAGUGUUUCAUACA